AUGGCAGAGACGACCGGAGAGAGGGAUUUCGCUCCCAGUGUGGUGGAAAAGCCGGAUUCACUGGACCUUCCGCCGGUCCCAAAUGUCAACGAUUCGGACGUGGAGAUCGGCCAUCGCUCGACCAAUAUCAGUUUCGGCGCAGCCGCGACUCUCCGGCAACAUCAUCGAGACUACCUGCUUCAGCGCCAUGGAACUCUCGAUCUGGAUCCGAUUCCCUCGGACGAUCCGGCUGAUCCAUACAAUUGUUAUGUCUUGUCCGAAGUAGUGGAGCCGUCGAUCAUGCUUGCUAACAUGAUUAUAGGCCCGAGUGGAAGAAGAUGGCCAAUCUGGUCCUUGUCGGGUUCCACGUAUGUUCUGUCCGUAGCAGCUGGAUACUCGAUCGUGCCCGCUGACAUUCACAGGCCAUGAUGACGACCUUCAUCGCAGCAGCCAUCAUCCCAGUGUACGAGAACAUCUCGGAAGACUUCGGCGUCUCAAUCACCAAAGCGAGUUAUCUCACGUCGCUGCAAAUUGCGAUUCUUGGCUGGGCGCCUCUGUUUUGGAAGCCGCUUUCAAACCGAUACGGACGACGACCAAUCUGGUUCAUCAGCACCAUGGGCUCUCUGCUGUUCAACGUGGGCUGUGCGCUCACAUCCAGCUACGCGGCCAUGGCGACCUGUCGAGCGUUCACAUCUUUCUUCCUCAGUCCAGCAACUGCCAUCGGCAGUGGCGUCGUGACCGAAACAUACUUCAAGCGUCAAAGAGCACAGUACAUGGGCGUAUGGACACUGCUGGUCACGUUAGGUAUGUCAUACUUUGUCCUGAACUUACUUCCGCAGCGUCUUUGCAAAUUGGAAGGCGCUUUUGGCCGAGUCUUCUAGCGAUGGCAAGGGCAACAGCAAGUCGGACAGUGACGUGCUGGCGGCUGGGACUGUCGAGAGGACUAUCCCAUGUGCAAGGACGCUGUCCCUUCAGAUUUUUGUGCUGACUCGCGGUCUGCUUCAUGACAGGUCCCCCAUGCGGUCCCUUCUUCAUGGGCUUUGUCGGCUACCAGACCGGAAAUUACCGGUGGGUGUACUGGGUUCUCGCAAUCGUCAACGGCAUCCAGUUCAUCCUGUACAUCUUCUUCGGCCCGGAAACCCGCUACAUCCGCCGUGGUGUCGAACACAGAGGCUCUGCCUUCAAGCAGGAAUACCUGCAAUUCCGAAGAAUAGACCCCAAUCCCUUCCGACUGUACGAAUUCAUUCAGCCACUGGAGCUGUUUAAGUACGCGACAAUCUGGAUCCCAACGAUCUCGUAUGCCGUGGUCUUUGGUUUUACAAGUGUCCUGAUGACCGUGGAGAUCCCCCAGCUCUUCGUUCCGAAAUUCGGCUUCAAUUCUCAGCAGAUUGGCCUGCAGUUCCUGGGCAACAUUAUCGGGUCCAUUGUAGGCGAGCAGAUUGGAGGGAGGAUGAGCGAUUACUGGAUGAGUCGGAGGGCUAAAGCUCUGAACCGUGCUCCUCCACCGGAAUACCGGCUCUGGCUCAGCUAUGGCGGCUUUCUGCUAUCAAUGGUCGGCGUCAUCGUUUUCGGUGUGCGCUUCGAACAAGCUCCGCAGGGACAUUGGAACGUGACGCCGAUCGUGGGCGUCGCGAUCGCUGCUGUCGGGAACCAGAUCGUCACAACCGUCGUGACGACAUACUGUGUCGACAGUCAUGUCGAACACAGCGCCAGUAUCGGUGUCUUCAUCAACGCAAUCAGUAAGUACAGGCCAACUUUUCCAGCAAACGCAAUUGACUUACACACAAUCUAGGGUCGACUUGGGCUUUCAUCGGCCCAUUCUGGUUUCCGGAUAUGCUGGAGUCCCUGGGUGGCAGUGGAAGCGGUGGCCUGAUGGCGGGCAUCAUCUUCGUCGUCAGUUGGAUUCCGAUUGUGUUCGUCUCGUGGCGAGCAAGAAAGUGGAGGACGGCCAUCCCGGCUUCUCCUACGCCCUCACUGCCCGCUGAGAAGGAGCAGUCGAAGCAGAGUGAGACUGUAUUGUGA